AUGAGUCGCAACAUGAACAAUUUCACGCCUUUGCCCGGGCUUUGGAGAACAGGUUCUAGAGCCUAUGAUGAUGCUCCUCACACUUCCAGUAAUACUCAUGAAUUCAAUGAAGUUCCUGUGUUUUACAGAUCUCGUCACUCUACUAGGGCCAAUGAUGAGAGGAGUUUAGGUGUACAAGAUCCAUUACGGUUGUGGGAAGUUAGAAGAACUCCUACAGAACAUCAUAGAACACCAAAUUUUCCAGCACAACCUCAUAGAAGACAACAAACUCAUGUUCACAAUGAAGAAAUGGGAAGAAGAGGUUUCAAUCCAACGAGACUCGGACAAUUUUUGCAUCAUUCACCUGUAAGAUCAACAUCAACGCAUCAAACAAACACACAAGUCCCGCAUGUGGUAGAAGAUUCUAAAUCAAAUAUUUUAAGCAAGUUACGGAAAGUAGUCUAUAACCCUGCGCCAACGCGUUUAGCUAGAAAAGUGAGCUUAUAUUAUAGAGGCAAUGCUUCAAAUGAUUUGAAAGAGAGAGUGAAAGAAAAGAAUGAAGAUGGUAUGAAAUGUGCUAUUUGCUUGGAAGAUUUUGAGGCUAAAGAAGAAGUGAUGCUUACUCCAUGCAACCACAUGUUUCAUGAGGAUUGUAUUGUAACUUGGUUAACAAGCAAAGGUCAGUGUCCUGUUUGUAGGUUUGUGGUUUUUGAGGAAGUGGAGGAAAAUUCGUCUUCCUUUAAUAGGAAUGAAAUUGGCAACUGGGAACCCAAUGGGAUGAUCUCUGGAGAGCUUUUAUCAAUUUUGAGGGCCAUGGAAGAAGCUUUUCAUUUAGACCGUAUGAAUUAA